AUGGCUUCUUCCUCGGGCAAUGAUGACGACCUGACCAUCCCCAGGGCAGCUAUCAAUAAAAUGAUCAAAGAAACUCUUCCAAACGUGAGAGUGGCCAACGAUGCGCGGGAGCUGGUGGUGAACUGCUGCACGGAGUUCAUCCACCUCAUUUCUUCGGAGGCGAAUGAAAUCUGCAACAAAUCCGACAAGAAAACUAUCUCUCCAGAGCAUGUCAUCAAUGCUCUUGAAAGCUUGGGUUUUGGUUCCUACAUCACAGAGGUGAAAGAUGUGCUGGCGGAGUGCAAGACGGUGGCACUAAAGAGGAGGAAGGCCAGCUCUCGACUUGAGAACCUGGGCAUCCCGGAAGAGGAGCUUCUUAGGCAGCAGCAGGAACUGUUUGCCAAGGCCAGACAGCAGCAGGCUGAGCUGGCUCAGCAGGAGUGGCUUCAGAUGCAGCAGGCAGCGCAACAGGCGCAAAUGGCCGCAGCCUCCGCCAGCGCCGCUCAACAGGCCGGCUCCUCCCAGGACGAAGACGACGAUGACGACAUGUGA